AUGGAGAACGAUUCCCACACCAACGACGCCGAAGAGCAACGACCACGGGGUUCAUCCCGAGCGUAUUCCGGCCAAAGUGUUCCUGAGUCAACUUCACCUGCGCCCUCACGUCCAAGGUAUGCCGAGUUCAGCUUCGGUCCAGGCAGCUUGCGGCAUCGAGUUGCGAGCACAGCUGGAAGUCCAGGCCCAGCACGAUCCUUUCUCCCCCCUCGUGAUUACAACAGAGCUUCUGUCGCCAUCGCACCGUCUACCUUCCGUGACCCAGAUACGGCAUCACAGACAUUCUCCCUGGCAGGACCAGCAACUAUAGAUACCAACGCAGCUAAUCAACCAUACGUCGACCCGGGCUAUGCGCAACUAAAUCCCGCAUACGAUCAACCCCUUAACGUUCGGCCAGUAUGGAGUUUGGCCAAACCUUUGCCUCGAGUGCUGAGACCUGGCAUGGUCCCAGCAAGGGAUGAACUAGAACAAGAAGCCGCUGAAGAGAGAGAGGAGCCGCCGCCUCCAGAUAUCGAGGCUGGUAGAGUCGAGCCGACACUUCGUCUCGACAAAGCUUCUUCUCAACUUGAUGCAAUUCGUCGCGAGAGAGAACUAUCACUUUACCGAGCCUAUCAACAUCGCCUCUCUGAAUCCCCAACGCUGUCACCGCUUGGGGCGCGAAGAAGAUCGUCAGAUGCGCGGACCGAGACACCUGCUACCCGCGUCCGUACUCAUCAAACUAUACCAGAGGAGCCGUUGCCAGAUGUGGAAGCGUUUCCUCAAUUAAGCGAAGCUAUCGCGACAGUCCACCAAGCACACGAGGAGCACGAGGAGCCAAAAUCCCCUUAUCAAGAUGCUGUACCUUUGCCCGCAUAUCAAGCCGAGGACGAUGAGGUUCACAACCUUCACACCUACUGGUCGAUUAUUCGGUUGAGAUUUCGGGAACCUCUUGCGGAACUGCUCGCGAUAACGGUACAAUAUACACUCGGAUUCGGCGUGAACCUCUCUCUCACAGUCUCUCGAGGCGCGGCGGGCGCCGGGGACACAGGGUCUUGGGCUUGGGGCUUGGCCACCAUGCUGGCCAUUUACAUCGCAGGCGGCAUUUCUGGAGCUCACCUCAACCCGGCAAUCUCAAUCAUGCUCUACAUUUUCCGCGGGUUUCCCCUGGCCAAAGUUCCCAGCUACGUGGCUGCACAGAUGUUGGGAGCUUUCCUUGCGACAUUGAUUGCUUUCUGGAUUUUCAGACCCGGCUUGAUUGCGCUGAUACAUGACCAAGGCGUGUUCCUCCAAAGCAGGAUCGAGGAUCUCUCACCAUCAUCGAUAUUGACAUUGUCACCAACUGUGGUGCUGUCUAAUUUCAUCACCUUCCCACGGACACCGUGGGUUGACACAGGCAACGCCUUCCUGACCGAGCUUACCGGUACUACAAUACUUGUCAUCUCUGUUCUAGCGCUGGGAGACAACACCAACGCGCCCCCUGGAGCAGGCAUGAAUGCCUUCAUCGUCGGGCUGCUUGUCGCCGUGCUCGGCAUGGCGUUUGGCUACAACACCGGCCUGGCCAUGAACCCGGUGCGCGACUUUGGCCCCCGUGUUGCUCUAUGGGUUCUCGGGUACAGCCCAGAGUUUCUGUUUGCCGAUGGUUACUGGUUCAAAGUCAACUGGCUGGGUCCUUUGGCCGGAGCAAUUCUAGGCGGCGUCCUGUAUGAUGCUUUCAUCUUUGUCGGUGGAGAGUCGCCGGUCAACUACCCGACCAGACGGAUCAGACGAGCAGCCAGGAAGUGGAGAAAGAGGUGGAAGGCCAGGAUGACGAGGACGAAGAAGAAGGUCGGAGGAGUCAAAGGCGGCGUGCUUGGAGGAGGAAAUAGGGGUUACGAGGCUGUCGAAGGGUAG